AUGAAUGGAAAAAAGCAGGGGCACUUAACGAAAGAUGAAGAAGAAGUAGCUGAAACCUUGUAUGCUUUGGCCAGUAUGUUUUCUGAUACAAAUAAAGCUAAUCAGCCAGGGUCUAGUGAUGAUCCAACUAGCUCGAAAUUGUUGAAUGGCGAAGAUGCGGAUGAAGUUGAAGAUACUCCGAAUUUGUCUGGUUCGAAAGGAAAGCUUGUCAAGUUACAAUCUUUCAAAGAGGCUAAAACGCCAGAGUCUUCGUCUAGCAAGCAGACUUCAAGACCGCAAGUAUCGAGUGAAUUAAUUGACUUCGGACAGGCUACAGUUUCUGGAUAUCAGAAUGGCAAGAAUAAUGGCAAAUGUUCAUUUCAGUCACCAACAAGAACACGAAGUUGCAACACGAAUGGAUCUUCCCUGCGAGUCCCCGUCUGGCUUGAGAGCACGAAUACUGAAAAGUGUACGCAAAACACAGUUCAAUCUGAGAAGUCAUGGAAAAGAUCUUCUGCACAUGUCUACAUUAGCCGUCUGAUUAAAGUCUUGCAAAUACCGGAGAAUAGAGAAGGUUCACUCGAAAAUUUUAGUAAUUUAUCGACCUCUGGAGGGGCCCAUAACUUGACACGAUCGAAUGGUAGUAGAAUAACUGAUGCACUUUUUAGUGGUACCACCCAUUCUGCUGCCAACAAGGAGCUAGCCAAAAUCGAACAUGAUGUUUUUUCAAAUAAUAAAACGUUUAUCCAAGAUCGGCAGCUGGCUCAAGAAACCUCUGCCUUAUGUUCUUCUGCUAAAGAGGAUUUCCAUGACUUCUUAUCAUUGGGCACGACUUCUUAUUCGGAUGUAAACAAAGAACACAUUCACGAGGCUCCUAAACAAUUUCAUGCACCAUCAUAUGUUCAGCAAUCGCAAAAGUAUUCAGGUUUAACAACACAACAGGUACAACUCCCUCAAUAUCUUAGCAGUAGCAGCACAGUUAACGGCAGUUUCCCGGGCCCAAUGGACUGGCGGCCCGCGCAGUAUAAUAAUAGUGGAGGAGUGGGGCCCGCAAAUUUACCCGACUGGAAAAAUGGAAACACGGGCUCGCCUUUGAACUGUGCUCAAGCUCUUUUCCCUCAUUUGCUGGGCUCAAACCAACAACACUUCUCACCUCAACACUCACAGCAGCACAUUAUGAAAAUGUCUGCUAUAAGCUCAACUUUGCCCCUUCCAAAAGUCGAGAUUAAUCUUCGUCAUCAUCAACACUACCAACACCAUAAUCGUCAGUUCCCUUUGGGAUUUUUCGAAAGAGGUAAGGUCCCCUUAUAUUCUGAUAAUGUACAGCAGUUGCAACUGCCAUGA